CCUCUCUACCUUUCUGUCUGAGCUCCGAGCAAUCAAAAACCAAAGCAAUGCCCCUGAAAAUCAAACACCUCCACCACCAACCACUAUAACCUCUCUAAUCUCAGCUCAGCUCACCACAAAAUGGCCUUGGCAACCGCCAAAAUAUCCGAACUGCCACUCCGAAACUCACUCCCACUCACCUCUCACUCUCCCUCUUCCUCUCUCAACCGCCUCUUCUCCUCCCCAAAAUCGUCAUUUCGCAUCCUCAAGCCCUUCUCUGCUCUCCGAACCACCGAGCGCGGCGGCGGCAACAACUCCAACGCUAGACCGACACCGCACAAGUCCAAGCCUUCGUCGUCCUCCACCGCUCCUUGGCUCAACAAGUGGCCGUCUCGCGGCGGUGCUCCUGCGGAGUCUCCGCGGCAGAGAGUCAAGGAAUCGAACGGCCGGGAGAAGCCGAGUAGUAAUAAUGCUACUAGGUACGUGGACAAGGACAAAGGCCAGAGCGCGAUUGAGAGGAUCGUGUUCCGGCUGCGGAACCUAGGGCUAGGCGAUGAAGACGACGAGGAGGAAGACGGUGGCGGUGUUGAAUUGGACGGUCAGAAUUCAAUGCCGGCGGCGACCGGGAAGGAGAAGCUCGGCGAUUUGCUGCAGCGGGAGUGGGUGCGGCCGGACUAUAUAUUAGCGGAGGAGAAGGGAGACGAUGACGUGGCGCUGCCGUGGGAGAAGGAGCAGGAGGAGGAGGAGGAGGAGUUGAGUGAAGAUGAGGAGGUGAAGGGGAUGAGGAAGAUGAGGAGGUCGAAGGCGCCGAGCUUGGCGGAGCUGACGAUUGAGGAUGAGGAGCUGAGGCGGUUGAGGAGGUUGGGGAUGUUCUUGAGGGAGAGGAUCAGCGUGCCGAAAGCCGGCAUUACGCAGGCUGUGCUGGAGAAGAUUCAUGAUAAGUGGAGGAAGGAGGAGCUGGUGAGGCUCAAGUUUCAUGAGGUUUUGGCUCAUGAUAUGAAGACUGCUCAUGAGAUUGUUGAGCGUCGAACAGGGGGUUUAGUUUUAUGGAGAUCAGGAAGUGUCAUGGUAGUGUACCGCGGGGUUAACUACAAAGGCCCUUCUAAAUCCGAACCCGCUGGUGGGGGAGGAGAUGCUUUUUUCAUCCCGGAUGUUUCAUCAGCUGAAACUUCAGUAAUGAGAAGUGGCAACGAUGUGACGUCAACUCUAGAUAAGACUGAGCAAUCUGUGAAAAUUCCAGAACCUAUUCGAAAGAUGACAGAUGAAGAAGCUGAAUUCAACAGCUUAUUGGGUGAAUUAGGUCCUCGUUUUGUUGAGUAUUGGGGGACAGGAAUACUUCCUGUUGAUGCUGAUUUACUUCCUAAAACAAUUCCGGGUUACAAAACACCUUUCAGGCUCCUUCCUACGGGGAUGCGAUCACGGCUGACUAAUGCAGAGAUGACCAAUUUACGGAAACUUGCUAAGUCAAUUCCAUGUCAUUUUGCCCUUGGGAGAAAUAGAAACCAUCAAGGGUUAGCAUCUGCUAUACUUAAAGUUUGGGAAAAGAGCUCUGUGGCAAAGAUUGCUGUCAAACGAGGUAUCCAGAAUACAAACAACAAAAUAAUGGCUGAGGAGCUGAAGGCAUUAACGGGUGGUGUUUUACUACUUAGAAACAAAUAUUACAUUGUCAUUUACCGCGGAAAGGACUUCGUCCCCACAACUGUAGCUGCUGCACUGGCUGAAAGACAGGAACUGACAAAACAGGUUCAAGAUGUUGAAGAGAUAGUGCGUGUCAAACCAAUAGAUGCGGCUGCUUCUGGCACAGAGGAAGGACAGGCGCUUGCAGGAACUUUGGCAGAGUUCUACGAGGCCCAAGCCCGAUGGGGAAGAGAAAUAUCUGCUGAAGAACGUAAAAAGAUGAUUGAAGAAGAUUCGAAGGCUAAGAUGGCCAGGCGUGCAAAACGAAUUGAGCAUAAGUUGGGCGUGGCCCAAGCUAAAAAGCUUAGAGCAGAGACUCUCCUAAACAAGAUAGAAUCAGCAAUGCUUCCUGCCGGUCCUGAUUACGAUCAGGAAACCAUCACUGAUGAGGAACGCGUAAUGUUUCGCAGAGUUGGCUUGAGAAUGAAAGCGUACUUGCCUCUUGGCAUACGUGGUGUUUUUGACGGUGUCAUUGAAAACAUGCAUUUGCAUUGGAAGCACAGAGAGCUAGUGAAAUUAAUAUCCAAACAGAAGAACCUUGCUUUCGUUGAAGAUUCAGCUAGGUUGUUGGAAUAUGAGAGUGGUGGCAUACUGGUGGCUAUAGAAAGAGUUCCCAAAGGAUACACUCUUAUAUACUAUCGUGGAAAGAAUUAUCAACGUCCCAUUACCUUGAGGCCAAGGAACCUUUUAACUAAGGCAAAGGCAUUGAAACGUUCGGUGGCUAUGCAACGCCAUGAGGCUCUCAGUCAGCACAUAGGGGAAUUGGAGAGGACUAUAGAGCAAAUGAGAUCUGAAAUUGGUAUGUCUGAAGAUGUAGACAAUGAGAGCACUUGGAGCUCAAGAUAUCCCCAUCAGAGUGGUCAUGACUCGGAAUUUAACCAAAGUGAGGAUGAAUCUUCUGACAUGGAGUCAGAUGGUAGUAACAAUAAUGAAGACUCAGAUUGGGAAGACGAAGAUUGAAGUCCACAUACUUAUUUAAAAGAAAGGAUCAGUUUUGACAACAUCUAAAUACAGGAGGGUUUGCUGAGAAUGAAUCGGCGUCCUGUUUAAACUCCUGCCAUUGAUACAAUGAGACUUGCAGAAGAAUUGAAGUUUACAGAAGAAACAAUGAACACAAAUCAGAAUAUCAUCAGUUGAAGCUACCACAUACCUCACUAACAGAUGUAAUCAGCACCUCUCGGAUAAAAGGCGUCCACUAUUGUAGUCAGUCAGCCCAUUGUUGUAAAUUUAGGUGACAUUGUAUUUAUUCUUGUAUAAUGUUCUUUCAUUAAUUUGUGUAUACAAUGGACAUGGCUUUCACGCCCAGACUUGCAGUUUUACUAGAUGAAUUUUCAGCCUUUUGUACAAAAUUAAAAUUUGGGACCCUUAAUUUGUCAGGU